UUUGGCGCCUUAUCUCUCUCUCUCUCUCUCUCUCUCUCUCUCUCUCUCUCUUACCAGUUCUUUUUAUUAUUAUUAUAAUUAUUUUCAAUUCCAGUUCAAGCUCGGCUCCCCUUUAUCGAUGGCUAUAACCCACAACUUCAAACCCACCAUUUCUAUAUCCCCUUCCUCGCGAUAUACUCCAUCUGUACCUUCCCGUCCAUUUCCGCUCAAAACCCACACUGGCUUCCACUUCUUUAGCCCCAUUCCUUCCAGAUUUCUCUUCUAUCAGGCCCCAUCGUUGUCGUUAUCCAGAAGACUGUUCCUUCCUUCGGUUUCAGGCAUCUGGGACGCCUUAACUGGUGGUAACAAUGCUCGUGAAUCUGUUAUCGCAGUUCGACGAGGAAUGCUGCUCUUUAGGCAGGGUGAUGUUUCCGGGUCUUUAGCAGAAUUCGAUAAGGCAAUUGAAUUGGAUCCCAGGCAAAAGGCAUAUCUGUGGCAAAGGGGAUUAUCACUUUACUAUCUGGACAGGUUUGAAGAAGGGGCAGAGCAGUUCCGAUUAGAUGUUGCACAGAACCCAAAUGAUACAGAGGAGUCUAUUUGAUGCUUUUUAUGUGAGGCUCAAUUGUAUGGAGUUGAUGAAGCAAGGCAACGAUUUCUUGAGGUUGGAAGAGAUUCACGACCUGUCAUGCGAAAAGCUUAUAACAUGUUUAAGGAUGGUGGUGAUCCAGAAAAGCUUGCAGCUGAAUUUUCAAGUGGCCAAGCGAAUGAAUGUUUUUAUUCUUCUCUAUAUGCUGGACUGUAUUAUGAAUCUCAGAAAAAACCUGACGAUGCCAAACUUCACGUAGUUGCUGCAUGUCAGUCUCCUUAUGGACAAAGGUCUGAUGACUAUAUGGCUUCUCUAGCGAAGGUUCACUGCCUUUGUCGCAACUGGGGGUCCAUUUGAAAUAUUUGGCCGAAUAUAAGUAUACCUUUACCAGGUGCUCUAUGGCUGAGUUUAAAUUUGUAAUUUUCACCUUUGUUUUGGAGUAACUGAAUGGAAAAUUUUUUGGUGUUACAUGUAUUUUCAUUCAACCUUUUUUUUUUUUUUUUCCCCUUUUAUUCUAGUUCAAUAUGUUGUAAAGGAUGAAUAUGCUAAAAAUCAGCUUUGUUAA